AUGGAAGCCACCAAGAAGGUGGGGGGCCCUGAUCCAUCGGGCCCCCAAGACCCCUCACCCAGCGGUCAGCAGCCAGGGGGUGGCCUCAGAGAGUCCCAGGGACAAUGGGUAAACUCAGGAUCCCUAUACUUGAAGCAGGGGUUGUCAUUGCCCAUCAAGCCCAACACCAAAGAGGCCUGUGGCCCAGCCUCUCAUGCCAACGUCCCUGAGCCCGUUCACCAACUCCCCCCAGACUCUGCUCAGGUUAGCUCCCAGCCUAACCACGAGCAGGCCUCCCAGGAUGCCGUGAGGCUCUCAUCUGCUAACCCAUUCCCGAGCCCCACGGCAGAAGCCCAACAGCAUCUCAUCAUGGAUGACGGGACCCUGACCUUACCAGUGUACACGGGCAACAACGGCACCAGUGACACAGUCCGAUACCGGUCCACCCUCUCCCGGCUUCAGCUGCAAAUUGGGAAGGAUGGUAAGGCUCCAGCUAAAGUCCUGAUAGGUUGGGGCAAAGGCUCUUGCAACCUUGAUCAGGUGACCCCCUUGGGCCCCAGGAAGAGUCGGUGGCUGCCUUACACUCUCUCAGGAGAGAAUGGUCUAUGUAAAAGCCAAGGUCUUAUUCUGGAUUCACCUCAGGCUCCAGACCAGGCUGUAGCCCAAGACAGAGGUCAGAAUAAAUACCCAUGUCCAGCUCAAACUCCUGCUGUAACAACAGUUCUGCCUUCACCGUCAUUUGCACGUCCAACUCCAGCUCAGGCUAGGACUCCAGCUCCCAAUGUGACUCCAAUCCCGGCUGCUGUUGAACCUUAUACCUGUACCCUUGACCCCCUGACUGACAACACUGUGGUCAACAAAGACCCAUCCCGAGACCUCUGUGGAAAGUGUAGCAACCGAUGGCCCAAUAACUUUGAGCCUUUUAAAAUGGCCGCGCCUCGCCAGAACAAAGUGAAUUUCCACCCUUGUGAGGGGCCUGUCAUCCCAGCAUGCAGCCCAGAAUUCCCACGGUGCACCCAGGAAUACAAUGUUACCAAGAGGCAAAUGCCACCUGAGCAAUCUGAGGACCUAGCAGACAAGCCCACGGACUAUACUUUCAGUCCAGGCACCCCCAAAUCAGAUCGAGAGCCCGGUACCCUCAAGAGCCAGAAGAAUUGCCACAACCUCUCCAACUGUCAGCCAGACAAGCAGUUUCCUAAAAGCGGCCACAAUUAUGGCUCCAGUGUACCACUGUCUUAUCACGCAACCUACCAGAAGCAAUUCCCACCGCAGAUGCCUGGGGCAGCGAUGCAGUUCCCCACGUCUAGUGCACCCACCUGCCAACUCCAGAAUGCUGUGGAAGACCACGUGUUGGUGUUUGAUAUGGCCACAGGCAACACCAGGAUGGGCUUGAUGUGCCACGACCCCAUGGGACCACGAGCAGUACUGGUGGGCCUCAUGCCCACCCACCCACCCAUCUAUGUCCCUGAAAAUGGACUGUCUAUGGCCAAUCCAGCUCUCUCUCCUGACAGCAACAACUCCAAACUCUGGUCCACCACAGCCAUGCUGUCUAGUCCUGUGCCCUCCAGCCUGUCCUCUGGGAGCUAUCCAGAGAUCUCUUUGCUCCCCAAGGAGGCCACUCACAACCUAGGAUCACGGAACUACCUUGCUGUGGAGACUCCUGUCAGGCUUGGCGUGCUCACUCAGCCUGUCCCACUAGGAAUGCCCAACCAAUUAGGUGAAAGCAUAGUGACCCACGUUCCGGAUCCCAGCUGGUCCACACCCGAUAUGGAAAAGAAUGAACCUGGCCCCACCAUCUGGGUGCUAGAAUCCUCCAGAACUCCGGAUACCUCCAUGGCCCAGAACAAGAAACAUCAGUGGAUGAAGUCAGAUCCAUUAACCAACAGCCAGGUCGUGCCUGGAUCACUGAUCAUGGAGGAUGUAAGUGGUUACAAUCAGAAAGAGGUCGUUACUGCUCACCCUAAUAAUCCUCAGGUUAAGGAUGUUUGGCAGAUCCCCCUCCCUGGGCAGACAUUCCUUAAUGGACAGAACGUCCUUGCUAGACAGCUACCUACAGUGGAGAAAGGCUCCCUCGUUGGUCAGCCUUCUGCUACCAAGGCAUCUUCUUUUACCAAUCUGCCUUCUCUUGCUGGACAGAGCCCUCUCGCCAGACAGUUUGCUGUCAAUGGGCAGCUCCCUCUCACGGGAAAGUCACCCAUACCUAAAGUAUCCACUCUCCCAAGAGAGCACUUCACCUCUGGAGAACCUAGCCAAGGCUCCAUCAAGGAAGAUAAGCCUGCCUUGGGCUUGCCUAGCCCUGUGGGGGUCCUUCGCGUACCCCUCGCCCCUGAGGAGACCUGUCUCUAUGUGAAUAGAGAUAAGGUUAGUGCCAACAGUGCGCAAGGCUUCAGUGUGCAUCAGCUGCCCUCCUGGCCACCAGGAAACUGCCCCAGGGCCUCUGAGGAACAGCCCUCGCUAAUCACAUUCGCCACACCUGGCACCAGCUGCAAGGUGGUGCCUAUGGCCACCGUGGGCACGGAGCCUCAGAACGGGAAUCAGUUCAAGCUGACAGCUGAAGACAUCACAUGCUCAUCAGUGGUGGCCCAUCUUGGCCUUCUCCGCGGAUCGUGCUAUGAGCUGGUAUCCACGAUGGAUGCCCUGCCAGUACGGUCCCCAGUGCUCUACCGUCAUACUUCAGGCCCUUAUCAGAACAUGGCAGCUAUAGUGAUUGACACAGGCACGGGAUUCACCAAAUGCGGACUGGCUGGGGAAGACCACGUGCUCAAUGUGGUGCCCUCGCAAGUCCACCUGCUGCAGCACGCAGGCCAGGGCCAGCCCCAGUACGCAGUGCCUGAAAACCAAGAGGGCUCCUAUCCGGUGCUCAACCGGGGCGUGGUUUCCGACUGGGAUGCAUUGGAAGUGCUUUGGCAGCACCUGUUCUACUGCAGGCUGGGGGUGAAGCCUGAGCAGCUGGCCGUGCUUGUGGCCGACUCCCCUAUUUCACCACGUACCAAUCGAGAGAAGGUGGCCGAGAUACUCUUCGAGCGUUUCCAUGUGCCAGCGAUGCAGACGGUGCACCAGGCUCUGCUGACACUCUAUGCUUAUGGACGAACCACUGGGCUGGUGUUGGGCAGCGGUCACGGAACCUCCUAUGUGGCACCCAUCCUCACUGGGGAUCUGGGCCCACUUGACACCUAUCGGCUCGAUGUGGCUGGUGCUGACCUCACAGACUACUUAGCUCAGUUGCUGCUGGCGGGUGGUCACUCUCCACCUAAGGCGGGACUGGUCAACCAGAUUAAAGAGGCCUGCUGCUACGUGGCCAUGGAUAUGGAAGCCGAGAUGGCUCGGACCCAGUCCCAGGCCCGGUUGGAUUUUGUGCUCCCAGAUAAGCAGAUUAUCACACUGGGCACCGAGCGCUUCUGUUGCCCUGAGGCUCUCUUCCAGCCCAAUUUGUUAGGCCUAAACCAGCCAGGCCUCCCACAGCUGGCUCUGUUAAGCAUUAGCCAGUUGGAGGCUACACAGCAGAAGCAACUGCUGGCUAAUGUGGUACUGGAAGGUGGCAGCACCCUGGUGAGUGGUUUUCCCGAGCGUCUGAGACAGGAACUAGGCCCUGAUGCCACCGUACUGGGCUCUCCGCACCGUGCCGUUGCCGCCUGGCUGGGGGGCUCUAUCAUGGCAUGCCGGAGUUCCUUCCAGAGCCUGUGGCUCAGCCGUCAUGAGUACGAAGAGGAGGGGCCGUGGGCUAUCUACAAGUACCAGCUAUGA